AUGAUGGAUGAACGCCGCACCGAUGCUCUUCAAUACGGGCAUACGGGGACGGCAGUCUAUCUGCCAGAAACCCAGUCCUGGCACUUUUCCCGCAACCUUGCACGCCCGUCUUUCCUUUCCUACACCGGGGUGACGAAAACUACAGUGCCUCCUUCAAAUUUGUCGUCGAGAAACCCAGAAAAGCAGAGACGCUGGAAAGGAUCUUUCCUGAAGGCACAUCCGGAGUUUACUGCAAGCCCCUCUAUCGGGCGAUCCGAAGAGUUGUCAGGCGUCAUCACCACGAUCUCAGAAACAUGCGAUCCCCAAGUGUCUGCUCUUCUCGAUUUCGGGUAUGCUGUGGAUCUUGAAAACGACAGAACUGGUAUUCGAACUGUGCCGAUAGCAGUGGCCGCUUCCGGAGAAAACGGCAACACCCUUACCUUGAUGAGGAUCGAAGAUGAACUGGUAGGCUGGGAACAAGACGAAGGGCGACGAGUGCGUGUUCCUUCUAUCGGUAAUGUAGAGACUGCAAAAUGGGCUGGCAGUGCUGCGCCUAUACGUCAGAUACGUUUUUCACAGACCGUGGAAGAACCGGCUGGAUGGAUGGCUGUGCGGUUUCCGCUGUCCACAAUCAUAUUUCGGCCCCUAUUUCACAGAGAUCGCGUCCCUAUAAGGCAUGGUGGUGCUGGUCAUGCUCCCAUCGUGCCUGUGCAUAACUCGCGCCUCGACCCCAACCCUGUCGUGGAAAUUCCGACUUCCAAGACUGGUGGAUUUACUCAUGUCGAUGUAACUUUCAAUCCAUGGUAUCAGAAACAGUUUGGUAUCAUUGAUGAACGUGGAAAAUGGAGUAUAUGGAAUAUAUCUGGCAGAAAAAACCGUGAAUUUGCAGAGUGCGCGCAAUCAGGCUCCGUACCCUGCCUUGAAUAUGAUGAGAACGAAGACAUCGGUAACAAGCCGCUGUAUGAUGGAUGGGGUGCUAUCGAAUGGGUUGGGAGCGUCAAUAAAUUUAUUGUGUGCAAUCGACGUUGCAUGGUUCUUUACGUGAUGGAAAGCGACACUGUUCUGCCUUAUCCUGUCGAGCUCGGAUUGAAGCGAAAGUCUGAAUGGAUAUUGGACAUCAAGAGGAGCUCUUCGCAAAUGUCUCGUGUCUUUAUUCUUACUAGUUCGAGAAUCUUUUUCCUCGAUGUCGAUUCUAGCCUGGUUUCCAAUGGCGACGGAUAUACCAAGUCAUCCGUCUUUCCUCAGCUCUCAUGGAGGCAUUUUCGCGAUCCUGAAGACAUAACCUUACGCCUUGCUUCUCUUUCCGUAGGCGAAGAUUUCUUCUUAAUUCUUUACUCUCGUCUAAAUGAUCUGGGCCUGGGGUUUCAGGUUCCUCAUCUGUCUGAGGCAGAUGCCGUGCCUGUUUCUGUUCCUGAUCCUUUUGUUGUGCACAUCCCGAAGAGGCCACCUGAUCAAGAGAAGCCGAACGGUGUCCGAAAUGAAUCCCAUUUUCUGACUCUACUGUUCAAGGAAGUUGAACAAGCGCCCCCCGGAAACAAGACCGAUUUUACCCCCUCUGCCCGGCUUGCAAAGCUUUUCAUUCUAGAUGCAAGCCUUGCGGUUCAAGAAUCCUUGUUUUUUGCGCCUCUUGAUAAUGAUGGUGAUCUGCAAGAGAUUGAUAUGCCGCUGAGUCGGGAUGUCUUGCGUUUGAAAAGACGGAAUGCGGGGGUACGGAGGAGCAGAAGAGCGGACUUCGUUGUGGAUGACUUCGAUGAAUCCACGACUGUAGCAAUUAAGCCCCAUAACGUACGGGCUGCCCCGGCAUUGCUUUCCUCGACUCUAUCCUGGACUGUUGACUGCACCGCUGCAUACUCGGCUGUAAUCGGUGAGAAAAUACCAUCUGCGCGAAGAAGCGAUGUGAAGCCUAUGCAUGAUAAAGGUUUCAAGGAUUGUCUGGAAAACCUGGCGAAAUUGGUUCUCGAAUCUGACAACAAAGACUCGGCUACUUCUCAGACUAUGCUUGAAAUAGUUAACUGUACCCCUUUCUUGGAUGACAUAGAUCAAAAUGUUCGAGAUCUUGAGCGGUUCAGGGCCGAAAUUUGUCACGUCAAGGACAGACAUGGCAAGAACUUAAUACAUUACCUGCCAUUGAAAGUUGGUUGUGGAAUCACCGAGAGAUUUAUCAGGUUAGGCGAUUCAUAUCAGCAAGUUGACAUCAUGCAAUUAUAUGAUCGCCUCAUCCAUGAUUGGUUGUCUGUUUUGCCCCAUGAUGUACCGGGGCGGACAAGGAUAUUCAAGGAGAAAAUGAUCAGGAACAUCACCGCGGAAUUAUGUUUGGCAAGAAUUUUCCAUGUUCGGCCUCCGAAUCUUGCCCCGAAUGGCUCCACAGAAGAUCAAGAAGCCAUUUCAUAUGACGCGGAGCUCCCUGAUCUCCCUGAGAAAAGGGCACAGACCCAAAGAACACUGAGUGAUGGCGAAUCAGCUCCACCAGAAAUACCCGAUGAGCUUGCUGUGGCUUCUGUAGAUUUGAGUCCCGCCACAGGUCAACAGGAGCCAGUUACUGUUUCUGCCCUCAUCCGGCUGAAUUCCUUGACUACUUGCCAUGACCACAGUCCCUUUCCAAAGACUGUGAAUGACGUUCUCUCCCAUUGGGUUCCUGGAGGCGACCCAGGUCUCUAUGAUUGGCAAAAGAUAGUCAGAGAAGAGGAAGCAGAAAAGUCGAAAGCGGAUAAUAAACUGACAACCCCAAAGCACAAAAUACGGGGACGAUCACAACCAACUCUUGCCGGUGAGGAUUCCAUGCUUGCACGCUCGUCUCCAAUUGUCCCCAUCGUGCAACAUUUCGGAAGUCAACCUCAAGGCGAACAUCUGCGGACGAAGUUGCAAAGCAGUCAAGUUACCGAUGAGAAUCUUCCGAUGACGCAAAUUGAACGAGGUGUCUUCGGUGGCAGAGACUCAACUAAAAAGAGCAUCUCAAAGGCACGGAAGAAAAAGAGAGCGGCAGGGUUCUGA